AUGGUUACCCCGCUAUAUGUGCAUUUGCACUCUUACCCUCUCCUCCUCUAUAGGAGGACUUCUGUAGCGGCGGCGCUGAAAAGUAUGUCCUCAACUUCUACACCAAACCGUUACCCUAAACUCACACCUAUAAACCCUAUCCUGAAUAAACCCAUUUCGGCAUCCAAAUCCUCAAAUCUUCCUCUAUUUGCUGAUCCCGAGAAUGGCGUUAAAUCUCGUAACUUCACUCUUUCGAGAUGUUUCUGUUCAGCUACAAGCUCGGAUCCUACACCAAAUGUUUUGAAUACGGAGUGUUUGCUUGUUGUUGUGUCCUUUUACAAAUUUGCGGAUUUUCCAGAUCAUGCUGAUUUUAGGAAGCCCCUAAAACAGAUCUGUGAGCAGCUGCGUGUUUCGGGGGGUAUUAUUCUUGCACCAGAAGGAAUCAAUGGAAGCAUAUGUGGGACCCGGGAUUCCGUGGAAAAAGUUCUUUCAUUUAUCCAAACUGAUGACCGCCUAAAGGGACUUAGGCGUGUUGAGUCACCUGUUAGUCCUGAGGAAGAAGCUAUUCAUCAUGGACAUGCAACUAUUUCUCCUCUAGCUGCUGGGGAAGAUGCUCCCUUCCGAUGGGACCAUGUGAGGGUCAAGCUAAAGAAGGAGAUAGUUACACUCGGAAUGCCUUCUGUGUCACCUGUUGAAAGAGUUGGAAGGUACAUCAGUCCAAAGGAUUGGAAUGCAUUGAUUAGCGAUCCAAAUACUGUGGUGAUUGACGUACGAAAUGACUAUGAAACUAGAAUUGGGAAGUUCAAAGGGGCAGUUGAUCCUUGUACAACAGCAUUCAGGGAAUUUCCAUUUUGGGUGGAGGAACGGUCCAUGUUGGUUGAAUCAAAGGACCGGGUGGAGUCUGCAGGUUCAAUUGAAACCAAAGAAAAGCAAAUUGCGGAAAUGGAAAAGAAAAUGCCUCCCCGGGUGGCAAUGUAUUGUACUGGUGGCAUUCGGUGUGAGAAGGCUACGAGUUUUCUCAUAAGCAAAGGUGUUAAAGAGGUUUAUCAUCUACAAGGUGGAAUUUUGAAAUAUCUUGAGGAAGUACCUAGAGAAGAGAGUCUUUGGGAAGGAGAAUGCUUUGUAUUUGAUAAGCGAGUGUCAGUUGAGCAUGGGCUGGCCCAAGGAUCUUAUAAACUUUGCUAUGGAUGCAAGCAACCAGUAAAUGAUGCUGACAUGGAAGCUCCAGAAUGGGAAUAUGGAGUUUCCUGCCCAUACUGUUAUGCAUCAAAAUCAGAAGAAGAGAAAGAGAGGGCAAGAGCUCGACAAAGGCAGUUUGAGAGAUGGGGUAUAAUUGGUGGUCCAGAUAAAGGCCGCAAGCCAGUAAAAAUAGUUGAAGCUAGAGCGGCUCAGCCCCGAUUAUCUCCUUCGAACGUCAAAACCAGAUUGUGUGUAAUGGAGAAGGAGCUAACAGAGCUUUUCGAGGCCGUGAAGAAGGCUGUAGAUGCAGCUGAUAAUUCACCUGGGGAGGAGGAACGAUGCCUUGACGCAUUAAAACAGCUCAACGAGUUCCCCAUCAGUUAUCAUCUCCUUGUAUCUACAGAGUUUGAAUACUCUGCCAAUGGAAGGAGCAAACAAACACAUUUAGUUCAGCAGUGA